CAAUGAGUAGCUAUGUAAACAGACCCUCAGGGGCCUCCUCCCAGUUUGGGGCCCCAGACAAUUUCCUGCCUUGCCUGUCCUGUCACUACGCCUCUGGUGACACUGGCCAUGACCAAUCAGUGAAUCCUGGAUCACCAUGACCAUCAUGAGAGCCCCACCAAUUCAGCUCAUGAUCCACAUUCAACAACAGAUCCAGAGAAAUGUAAUGGGAAAUGUCACAGUGGGUUACCAGAGCCUGCAAUAAAAAUGGAAAUACAACGGGCACCAACCCUAAACUGGACCUUCGUGCAUAUUUAUUAAUGAAAAAGUGACGUGUGAGUUGCUGCUUUCACAGCAGACACGCAAUGGGACACGCCGUCGGCCACUCUCUGGUUCCUGGGUUAAGGGGGACUCGGCAGAAGUGGGUGAUAGGGACUGCGAAUCAGGCACACUUCGGAAUGAAGACUGCAACUCCCAGAAGCCCCUUCGUGGAGCCUGAAGCAGUGCCUUAUGGGAGUUUGUGUCCCUCCUCACAUUUGCUGUGCCGGUUCUCCGCGCGUCACUUUCUUCAAAAAACACCAAAUCCCAAACGCGCUCGACGGCAGCUGCACUCGAGGCCCCUCCCUGGUAAUGGACGAGCAUGAGCGACUAUUGCAUCGAUCUGCGGGACCGUCCCCCCAAAAAACACUGCCAGCAUUUAUGGUAUGCGUAUCGUUUUUAGAAUGUCGUCGUUUUGGGGGCCACAGCAGACAGCGGGGCAUGCCCGGAGCCACAGUGCUUUCUGAAGUCAUUUUAGCCACCGAGUAAGAAAAGGUUAGCCCCCCGCCCCCCGAGGCUUGUGCAGCGGAGGGGAGCCAACAGGCCCUGGCUAAGCAGCGGGCUGGAGUACACGCUGUAGCCGCAGGAGCCGCGCGGGCAAUUGACAAGAAUACUCCUGGCAAGUUCAAAGCGCCCGCCUCAGACAACCCCGCUAACGCGCGGGAGUAGCCUUCAAGAUGGAACAAAAGGCCGGCUCGUUUCAGAUGUGACCGCUCCCACGAGCAGCCGAGGGCUUCACAGCAUCGCCCGGACCGAAAAACAAACCCUCGGAAGACAAGGCAUGAUGGACCGAGCAGGAAGCAUCCAACUGGAGAUCCCUGACUUCAGUAACUCCGUGCUGUCCCAUCUGAACCAGCUGCGGAUGCAAGGACGUCUUUGCGACAUUGUGGUCAAUGUGCAGGGGCAGAGCUUCCGUGCUCAUAAGGUGGUGCUGGCGGCCAGUUCCCCCUACUUCCGAGACCACAUGUCCUUGAGUGAGAUGAGCACCGUGUCCAUUUCUGUCAUCCGCAAUCCCUCGGUCUUUGAGCAGCUUCUGUCCUUCUGCUACACCGGCCGCUUGUGCCUGCAACUUGCCGACAUCAUCAGCUAUUUGACGGCCGCCAGCUUCUUGCAGAUGCAGCACAUCAUUGACAAAUGCACUCAGAUUCUGGAGAGCAUCCACUUCAAGAUCAGCCUGGCCGACGUAGAGGCCGAGCUAAACCAAGGAGGCCGAGGCAAGCACCAGGAAAGGCCCGCCGAGAUCAGCCGAAGCACUGGCGGUAUGGCGCGCUCCAUGAGCCCCCGGCACAGCAGCCCGAGAGCUGGCCGACGCUGUGGCGGAGUGAUUGAUGUCCGGGAGGUGAGUCCGCCAGGUGAGUCGAUGAGCCCGCAGAUUAUCGAGCACAGUUCAGAGAGCAUCGGCAAGGAACCGAUCCUGAGGAUCAACCGAGCUGGUCAGUGGUACGUGGAGACGGGCCUGGAAUCGGACCGGGCGAGCGGUCGCAGCGGAGCGAUGGAUGACGACGUGCAAGUGGUUGAUGGGCUGCGGAUCAAGACGGAGCGACUGGAGGAGUGGAUCGGGGCAGAGACGCAGGCUUCAGGAGAGGAGGGAAGCAGUGCGGAGGAGGUGACGGCCAUGGUGAUUGACACCACGGGUCACGGCUCACUGGCACAGGAGAGCUUUAGCGUGGCUUCGGGAGCCAAGGGCUCCCAGCCGUCGAGUAGCCUCAGCGAGAUUGACAGGUUUAGCCCAACGGGAAGUGUCGUGGUGAUGGCGGAGCGCCAACGAGCAAAGAGCGAGUCUCCUGGCAGAGUGGAUGAUCAGCGGCACCCAACCUCGCAGGGAGAAGAGCAGACCGUGUUCGACAUGGGGGGCUACGAGGAGUACCUACGUGAACAGGUCGGGGACCGAUGGUUUCGUUACAAUCCAAGGCUCACCUGCAUCUACUGCUGCAAGUCCUUCAACCAGAAGGGCAGCCUGGACCGCCACAUGCGCCUGCACAUGGGAAUCACCCCGUUUGUGUGUCGGAUUUGUGGAAAGAAGUACACGCGGAAGGACCAGCUGGAGUACCACAUCCGCAAGCACACCGGCAACAAGCCCUUCCACUGCCACGUCUGCGGCAAGAGCUUCCCCUUCCAGGCCAUUCUGAACCAGCACUUCCGCAAAAACCACCCCGGGUGCGCCCCUCAGGAGGUGUCACACAGCGCCUCUCCGGAGACCACCGUCACCUCCCGGGGCCACAACGAAGACGAGUCACCGUCCCAGGAGGAAGGGGCUUCGGCCGCCUACGGCGAAACGGUGCAGCCAUCCGUCUCGACCACGGGGCCGGAUUGACAACGGGCUCUCGGCUGGGUGUGUCUCUUUUCUGCUACCUCGUUUCCAUAUGCACGAUUUGCGAGGGGAGUCGGGCCCACCAGAGUCCAAGAAGUUACCUCACCUCUCGAGUGGAAGUGAAAAACAAAAGAAAAAGAAAUGAGAAGUGCGCUUGAGAACGAACAUCCAGGAGCCCCCGCUGAACGUAGCGACCCCUCUGCCAUACGCUUGUGUCUUUAGUGGGUUUUUACAUCUCAAAGUGAACUCCUCCUUGACAAUUUGAGGGUCUGACGCACUCGAGGCGGACAUCGUCACCCCCCCCCCAGUACCUUCACACCUACGUGACGU